CGUCUCUUUGGACGAUGACAUCCUGCGGCCAUACGACCACGGCCACGGCCCCUCACACUCUCACUUCCAUGUUCGAGACUGUCAGCCCAUCGCUCAUGGAAACUCCACCCACGAGAGCCGGGCCUCCAGUAACCGCAGCGGGCUGCCUUUUGCCGAGUCCACACCGUUUGUGACUGAUGUGUCGGGGAGAUUCGUUUACGGCCACAUGACGGUGGUCCACGACCCGCUGAGGACGGUGUCCCUGUUGGAGCCGGUAGGGCCGGGCGGCUGCUGGUUGAAUCAGAGGGCCUUGGUGGAGGAGUCGGCCAAAGACGCUGGGUGUCUGUAUGCCAUGAACGCCGGCUUCUUCAACCCAGACACAGGACAGUGUCUGGGCAAUGUGGUGAGCGAUGGCAAGAUGGUGCAGGACAGCGGCGGGGUGCAGAACGCCCAGUUUGGAAUUAGGAGGGACGGCACCCUCGUGUUUGGAACUGUAAAAAAAUCAAUCAAGUCAUUGGUUGAUUAGUUACAGAAAAGACUUUUCUCUGAGCGACGACGAGGUGGAAAAACCCCAAACAGGCCCAGCAGCAUUCUCUUGAUCAGCUUGAUCUGCCUUCACACGGAACAGUGGGCAGUCAUGAAGGCGCCCGGGGAGGUGAACUGGCACCUCUCCAACCUGGUGUAUGUGUUUACACAUGUGUGAUACCAAAGUGCAGAAAUUUGACAAUUCAACAGCAAAAUAAACUUAACUUUACGUUUUCCUGACAGAUGGUGGAGUUGUGUUCAGGAGGAAACAUUUAACGUUAGGGGUGUUGUGAUUAUACGACGGUAAGCGUGGCACCAUUGAAUGGUGUGUGAUGAAGCCCCCUGGGAGACUGAGUUCUGGAAGCUCUCCUUUGUCUCCAGAGCAGAGGAGACAUGCGGUCAGGCUUUUGACUCCACAUGUAGGUCCCUGGUUCACAGGGGAUAUAAGGCAGCAUGAUUCCUCAGCCUGACCUCAGGUAACAUUACAGGACUAAAAAUAAAGCAGGGAAAU